UCAAGACGGGAGAGUGGGGAACCUCCACUUCCCCCGGCGCCCGAGGCAAUGGAGCGGCAUUGGGUUUUAGUGCCUAUCUUAGUGAUUCUGACUGACUCCAGGUCCAUCGUAUCCAAACGACUCAGGCCGCUCGGAACGGGCCGGAAGCCCCUUUAUGGAUGACUUGGAGCCCGUGGCACCGCUGGAUGCGUUCGGAGGAGCGUCCGAGGUGAUAGACACUGGUCGCCCGCGCCAAGGAGGCGCCCGCCGCCCCGCCUUGUACGUGCCCCCGUAUCUCUAUCCAGACGCCUUUCCCAGCACGGCCAGUGACCGCUGCCGAUGCGAGGCGCCCAAGCGGGAAGAGCUCACGAAGGAGGAUCGGCUCUGGGCCUCAGAGGUGUCCAAGCAGCUGGGUCUUCCCCUCGCACAGGUGAUGGAGCCCCGAGAUUUUCGCGGCGUGGCCCACUGCCGUCUCGGCCUCGUUGGCCUCCGACAACCACGUCCCGUGGCAGGAAGAGGUGGCAGGAAGCGAGGAGAUGUGGAGAGCGGAGAGCGAGGAGAUGUGGAGGGCGAAGGUGAAGAAACAGCCGGCCCAGCCUCUCUUGGUUGGCUUUCUUGAUGCACAACUAGUUUUGUUUAGGACACUAUAUAGAUAAAACAUUAAACAUUAUUUAAAAAAUAAAAACUAAUUAGUACUUGGGAAGGUUUAGAUCACAGAUAUACACAGAGAACAGGUUCAAUUCACCGCAAUCCCGAAGAGAAUGUGACCAGUGAGAAGAGUGGGAGGCCAUCGACGCAAGAUAUGCAGCCCAUCCAACCCGAAAUAAUUAGAAGCUUCAGCAUAAUUUUGGGUGGUUGCUGGUACAGCAGGUAUCUCAUGCAUUCGUUUGUCUCCGUCGGUUGCCUACAAUCCAACCUGUGCGUGCUCCAUAAGGCUCUGGCUUUGUCCUUGAAAGUGCUGACCCCACAGCGGCUUUGCUUUGAAUUAGUGCCCUAAGAGUCCAGCCCUGACACCUUCGCAGGGGUCCGGACCCGAACCAAAC